UGCUGUUCUCGAUUUUGAUAUAUCUGAUAUACUACAUGGUGUACACAAUUCUGCUUGCCAUUGCUGGUCUCUGGUGCUUCGAGGACUGUGUUCUGACAGAAGAAGAGGAAUAUGAGUUCUUAAACCAUCACCAAGCUCUUCCUUACUGAGCACUUAGUAUAUAUUUGAACUAUGAUAUUUUGCGGAGGGCAAAUUAAUCUCAAGUGUCAACUGUGAUAUUCAACUUAGUGUAGUAGGUGUGUUGAUAAUUGGACAUUUUCUAAAGUGUCUUAUGUGAUUAAAAUUUAUCAAAAUGACUGGUUUCGUGAAAGUCGCGAUCGAUGAUUAUUACUCCGACAGCAACUGGACUUCGAUUAUGAACAAGUAUUGGAUGCUCGCUGAAAGAGUUUCAGAUCCCCGUGUACAGGGAUGGUUUCUUUUCGAGUCUCCCAUACCAACAUUGGUUAUGGUGUUGUUGUACCUGGCCUUUGUCCUGGUGGUGGGGCCUAUGUGGAUGGCCAACAGGAAACCCAUGAAAAUCAAAAAAGUUAUAGUAUACUACAAUGCUGCCCAAGUUCUACUGUCAUCGUAUAUGUUUUACGAGCACCUGAUGUCAGGGUGGUGGUAUGACUACAGCCUGGCCUGCCAACCUGUCGACUACAGUCACAGCGAGAAAGCGAAACGGAUGCUUCACUUAUGCUGGGUGUACUACUUCUCGAAGCUUUCCGAAUUCGCUGACACAGUUUUCUUCGUGCUGAGGAAGAAGAAGAGUCAGAUCACCUGGCUCCAUCUCUAUCAUCACUCCCUGACGCCCUUCGAAGCAUGGCUGCUUGUGAAGUUUAUUGCUGGUGGUCACGGAACAUUCUCGAACAUCAUCAACAACCUCGUGCACGUCAUCAUGUACGGCUACUACAUGCUCUCGGCAUUGGAAUGGAAGAACUACCUCUGGUGGAAGAGAUGGCUGACCACACUGCAACUGAUGCAGUUCUUCUUGGUGCUGAUACACUCCAUCAGUGCGCUUGUCUAUGACUGCGGGUAUCCUAAAAUAAUCGCAUCUGGCCUCAUUCUCCACUCAUCAAUAUUCAUCGUAUUAUUCACAAACUUCUACGUCAACGCGUACCACAAAAGGAAGCUAAAAGUUGAUGCUUGCAACAAUAAUACAAACGGCUUUGUACCGAACGGUAUCAAACACGUUCCGAACGGAAAAAUCAAUGAACUGAUUGAAAAUAAGACUACAGAUGUUCGAAAUGGAAGUCAGAGUGACAAGGAGAAAGUACAAUAGUUUACAUAGAGAUAAGACUUAUACAAUAGAUGUAUUGACAGGUUUUUAGCAUGCUUCUAUUACGAAGUAUCAAUAUUUUUUUUAGUUAUUCUUGAAGCAACUAUGAUCUGAAUCGCAAAUGUAUCGUGGAUUUGUUUCAUUAAAUGAAACUUUCACGGAAUAUAAACUUUCGAAAAAGUUUAAUUUUAAGUAUAUGACGUUUUACAAGCCUUAAUAUAAAAAAUUAUAAACAAAGGAAAAAUAUGCCCUAGAAUAUUAUGAAUCUUUUAUGUAUCAGCGGAUGGGUACUGGCGGGGUUACCGUCUAUGGGUAAGAGCAGGGAUCAAGAGAAGUAAUCUCUUAGCUUGCAGGUCCCUAAGUCGUAUCGGUUCGGGAAAACCCGCAAAGAAUGAUAAUAUAAAUCGUCUGGGUCCGUAUUUUAGCAAAGUUUUUCUUAAAAAUAUUUGCCCUUUUACUGAUUAAUGUAUUUGAAUUCAAUGGAUAAUAGUAUUGACAUAACUAAAGCAAACUAUAACUAAAGCUUCUUCUGUCAAACUUUCUU